AUGUCGCUGGUGGCGCCUAGGAGGGUGCAGUUGGAUUGGACCAAUUCAAUACCAUGGGAGCAGGCUGGGUGUGAUCGUGACCCGUACGCUGACGUCGCGCGGCACCUCUCACAUCAAUCAAAAUCCUCGUCUUCGUCGGCCGACACAGCCUCACAAGGUUCCGGAUCAGCAGAGCAGCCUAAACCACGCAAAUAUGAGCCGCCGAAACAGGAGCGUCGCGCGGAGGUCUGUCCGGCGAGAGUGCAGCCCAACCCGCUGUUAAGAUCGCGGACCCUUCCCAACUUCGGCGGCAAGUGUUCCCGCGAAGUUUCCCGUUGUGACACGUCCCGUCGCGCGCAUCACAUCACCAUGGCGACCGAAGACCUGCUGCAGCCGGGACACGUCGUCAAGGAGAGGUGGAAGGUGAUGAAGAAGAUAGGCGGCGGCGGCUUCGGCGAGAUCUACGAGGGUCUGGACCUGGUGACGCAGGAGCAGGUGGCCCUGAAGGUGGAGUCGGCCAGGCAAGCCAAGCAGGUGCUCAAGAUGGAGGUGGCCGUUCUCAAGAAGUUGCAGGGCAAAGAGCACGUGUGCCGCUUCAUCGGCUGCGGAAGGAACGCUCGCUUCAACUACGUGGUGAUGCAGCUGCAGGGCCGCAACUUGGCCGAACUGAGGCGGGCCCAGCCCAGGGGCGCCUUCUCCCUGUCCACGACCCUCAGGCUCGGCCUCCAAAUACUCAAGGCGAUAGACUCAAUCCAUUCGGUGGGCUUCUUGCAUCGGGACAUCAAGCCGAGCAACUUCAGCAUCGGGCGGCACCCGUCCAACUGCCGGCGCGUGUACAUGCUGGACUUCGGGCUGGCUCGCCAGUACACCACCAGCACGGGGGCCGUCAGACCUCCCAGGGCCGCGGCCGGAUUCAGAGGCACGGUCCGGUACGCCUCCAUAAACGCCCACAAGAACAAGGAGAUGGGCAGACACGACGACCUCUGGUCGCUCUUCUACAUGCUGGUCGAGUUCGUCAACGGCCAACUGCCCUGGAGGAAGAUCAAGGACAAGGAACAGGUCGGUCUCAUGAAGGAGAAGUACGACCACCGCCUUCUGCUGAAGCAUCUUCCGUCAGAACUGCGCCAGUUUCUGGAACACGUGCAGAGUCUGGAGUACGCCGACGCCCCGGAUUACGGGAUGCUGGCUGCUCUCUUGGAGAGAUGUUGCAAGAGACGCGGCAUUAAGGAUACCGAUCCCUAUGAUUGGGAGAAAGACAGUGUUCCCGCUCGCGCUCGAGUCCCUCUCCAGGCCGCUCCAGAAUUACCGCUGCAGCCUGACGUACCGGACAGGACGUCUCGUCGACGCGAGCCUGAUGCGACGACGGCGGCGGGAACCGACACUCAAAGCAACCUGAGGACGUCGCCGAGACAUGCGCACGCGCACCUCAACGGAUAUUCCGCCACCGUGGAGAAAGCGGAGAGGGAGAAAGAGAAGGAGCCCGAGCCGAAGACCACUCCGGCGCCUUCCCCCGACAGGCACGUCAAGGAGACCUCGACCUCGGCCCUGGCCAGCAGCACGCCCGGCCGCCCCGAGAGGCAGAGCGUGCCGCCCUGCAAGCCUCGGCCCAACGCCACGGGUGCUCCGACCUUGGCCCGCCUUCGAGUCGUCACGGCUCCGCCCACCUGCGUCCAAGAGUUGGCUCAAGCCUCGCCUUCGAUCACCGGCGAGACGAGCAGCCCGCGGCUGGGCGCGGACGUGGACAGCGUCCACUCGGACACGCACUUCAAGCGAGGUCGUCGCGGCGGACGUCCGACUCGCGCCGAGCAGAGCGUGACGCAGUGCGCCGUGAUGGAGGACGAGAACGCGUCGCAGGCCGUCACGCGAGGGGCGGCGCUCACGCUCGUCUCGCUCUGGAAGUCGCAGUUCGACGACUCCUCGGAGACCACCGACAACGACUGGAAGCACGAGCACGCACAGUCCCCGGAGCACCGUCAACGAGCUUCGGCGGUGUCCUCCUCGAGCAAGGAGCCUCGCACCCAACCGCCGCUGACCCACACUUCGCAGCACCACACCCACACGCAACCCACUCUGCCUUCGCAGCCCACGCAGAUCAACGCGGUCGUGCCCGGCAUCAAGGAGCCCGUCGAGCCGUCUCCCGGUCCGCAGGUUGAGAAGGAAAAACCGGAGAGGGCGGAGAAGACGGAGAGCGCGAAGAAGGGGCGAAGUCGGUGCUGCCUGCACAGCGCGGGGGUGGAGAAUUUCCCCAAGGUCGUCCCGCUCCUGCCCCGCAGCUGGUCCUUACCCGCUAUCGGCUCGCACGUCCGCGACAUCCGGCCUCCUCUGCUCCAGCAGGCGUCCUUCGACGACGGCACCGGCGCGGCUCUGCGGUACCGGCUCGACGUCAUGCGGGGCGUCGCCGCGAGGCUGGAGCCCCACGAGCCUUCGCCUCGGCGGGUCGUCCGCCGCGGGAGCUUGCCGAGCGUGUCGAAUUCGGGCGCCGGCGAGGCUCCGGCGUCCGCGCCCCGAGAGGCCACCGUCUCCAGCCGCCUCGAGAUCAGGGUCCGCCGCGACGACGACGCCUCGCCCCUGCACUCCGCGGUGCGCAUCCAGUCGGUGGUGGUCGGAGCCAACGAGGAGGCCUCCGUGUACUACGACGCCACGGACAGGCAUCGCGACAAACGGUCUUCCACUCGCAGCGCGGAGAAGAGCCGCAGCGGAACGGAGAGGCCGCGACCGGAUCUGCCCGACAGAAGCGGUUCCGUGCGUCGCGACGCGAGCGGCGCAGGCGACGGAUCCAGUCUCAGAGACGUGAGUGUUGCCCCAUUUCAGUCCAAGCGAAGUUUGCUGUUUAUGAUUCAGUGGUCUCAAUGCUGA